AUGAGAGGUAUGAUUUUUCUUUACUUUUUUAAUAGUUUUUUUUUUCAAAAAAAAAAUGAUUAAAAGUCAAUUAUAAUAUUUGUGAGCUCCUGAAUUUUCAAAAUGUAACAUAAACCAAAAAUCAAUCUGGUUCCUGUUGUUGGAAUUAUCAAAAUUAACAUUAAUUACAUUUUUUCUAAUAUAGAACUCGUUUUCAAUUCCAACAAGCCAUUCAAUUUUUUUUCGAAAUUUUGAAAUAUUUACAUUUGAUGAGUGCAAUUGACCUUUUCUCGAGAUUUCGUAACAAAUUUAUGAGGAUUUCUCACCAAUACGAUUCUACAAAAAAUCUUUUCGAAAUUCAAACAUCGAAAUAUAUGUAUGUUGAGAAUUUUUGAUUCGACAAUGUCAACAAUUUCAACAAACAUUUUUGAAAUGAAAAACUUGAAUCGAUUUUCAAAUGUGAACCAAACUAUCCAUAGAACUGAAACUGUUCAAUCAAAGUUUAUGCAAUUGUAUGUUUUCAUAAAUUGGCAGUAUUCAGGGUUUUGAAAAUUAUGGAAAGGUCUGGAGCAAAAAAUAGUUGUUCAUAAUCACAGGAAUUGUGUUAACCUCUCUAAUUUCUUCAAAUUCCCAUUGCUUAUCAUAUAUUUUCAACAAUUAGAAUUUUUGCAUAAUUUUCGAGUUCUUGAGUGUGAAAAUCAAAUUUCACCUAUCAAGAUCCACAAGUUGUUGAUCAUCUUCGUGAACUCAACUUUUCUGAAAAAAAAACACCAUUGAUCCAAUCACCCGAAUCUCAAUUUUCGAAUCAAGUUGGCUUCGUGCACUUUUGAAUUUUCUCGAUGUUUCUAGUAUCUAAUUCUGACGUUACUUCGUAUAAAUAAACAUGAGAAUGUAUCUUUUCCUCUCAAAAAUUCCACAUCGUAAGACUAAAAAACAGAGAAAAACAAAACAAAAAAUAGGUUCCGCUGUUCAGUUUAGUGUAAUAAUGUUGUUGGACUUUUUAAAAGGAUUUUUCUGAUUAGCCAAGAAAAACAUUUCCAGUUAUAACUGGAAAAAAGUCAUAUGUUGUGUUGUUUUUCAAGAAAAUUAGAUCAAUAUUUUUUCGCUUUUUUGCGUUUUUUUCAUAUGAAAACAAUUUUCUGCAUUUUUUGUUGUUGAAAAAGCUGAAAAGAAGAAAAAAAAAAGAAAAAUCAAUCAAGUUUUGUCUUUUUUUUUUCUCAAAUAUGACCUUCUCAAACAAAAAAAACACACAAAUUCAUUCAAUUCAACGAAAAAAAGGGGAAGAAUGAUGAAUGACGCCAUCACUUAUGGUGUUGACGCAAACUUUGUGCAUAUGUAUACACACUUGGUUUUUUUGUCUCGUUUUCCCCUUUUUUUCGCAUUUUUUGGCGUUUUUUUUCUAGGACAAAGAGCGAAAAACAAACAUAGAUUUUAUUUCAAUUUUUUCAUGUAUUUUAUAUUUUCAGUCCGGCUCGUUUUCGUACCAUGGCUCUGGAAUAAAAUGGCUUUUAUGAAGAGGAAAACUGUCAAAUUUUCCGUCGAUAUCCAGGUAUUUUUUUUUUAACUUUUUGAAGGUUUUCAAAUGAAAAACGUGAAAAAUUAUAGAUUUGUCACCUAUCAGAUGUACCUCUGGUAAAUGCCGUGGUUUUUGCGAAACUUAGGCUUCUUGAUGGUGGAUCUUUUGAAGAUACAACUGAGCGAGUUGAGGUAAAUUAUUCAUUUUAUAAAAACUUACAUAUAUAAAAUCCAUUCUGAUAUGUGAAGUUAUUCAGGUGAAAAAUCAUAGUGCGAGUUUCAACACAAGAUCUGAAUUUUCUUGCCGAAUACCAUGCGAUCAAACAUCGGGAACACUGGAAAAAUGUUUGUGUCGCGUCUCGAUAAGAAAAGUAAGUCUAAAAAAUUUUGAUUGACUUAGAAUGAAAAUUCAAAUGAGCAUUUUCAGGAACAAAAAGGCGGAAAGUCGUUUUACAAGCUCGGAUAUGUUGAUAUCAAUUUGUCGGAAUUUGCAGCGUCGGGGAUUGAAGGUGAUUGAUUUGUUUUUUUUUGUUGAAAAUUUGACUAAAAGUAUUGAAGAAUAGACACUAGAAUGAAAAGUUUAAUCAAUAAUUUUUGAAAUGAGACAGAAAACAAUGACCAAAUAUUCAAAAAUACAAUUUUCAUUCGCUUUGAAAUUAUUGAGAAUAUAUCUUUUGCUGUUUCUUGAAAUAUUUUUCCUGAAAAAGUGAAAAUAAAUCGCCUGAAGCUUUGAAACAUUUAACCAAAUAAGUUACCCAAAUAUCUGCGAAAUGUGAAUUGUUUUUCAAUUUUCGUUUUUCAAUCUGCAAAUUUUAAGAUUAAAAUAAAAUUAUUUCAUGAAAAUCAUGAAAAAAAAGCUUCAGAAAAAUUUCAACAUCAAGCCUCUCAACUGACUUUUUUCAGGAAUCUCUCGAACAUACCUACUGAGCGGCUACACUUCCAAUCAACGUCUUGACAACUCAAAAGUAUGCGUCAAAGUUGUGAUGUGUCAUCAGAGUGCAGAUCCGUUUUUCCGAGUGUAAGUAAAUUUGUUGCUUUAUUUUUAAGCUAGUAUAAUCAAAAUAUUUUUUAGACCACGUUUAUCAAAUGUUGGUAUUGGUGAAGAAAUAUCACUGAAUCCUGAAGCCUUCAAAGCUCUUGAUGCAAUUGAUUCCGACUCGGAAGAAGUUUCGAUUCAACCAAAAGCAUCGAUUAUUGAUGUUCAAGGUAAAUUCAUUUGCACUGAAAUUUAAAUUGUAAUUUUAUAAGCUUACAUUAUUCGAUUUCAGAUUGUGUAUCAGUUCCAAGUAGUUCAGCAGUUGAUGAAAUUGUUACUGAAAGAAAAGGAAUAUCGAAUAGUCAUCAAAUGACGGCGGUACAAUUGAGAAGGUUUAGUCAAGAUCGAUCAGCGCAAAGGAUACAAAAUACAAGGUAAGAACAUUAAAUAUAUUUCAUAAUUUUUGACAAGUUUCUAGAAAAUUAACAAAAAAAACUAGAAAUUUAGUCAAAAAACGUAUGUUUGUGAAAACUGUUCAGAAAAUAUACCCAAAAAAUAGAACUAUUCAAAUUCUGCAAAAAAAAUUGAAAAGAAAACUAACUCUAAUUUUUCAUUAAAGCUAAAUCCAAAACAAUUCCAUCAUUUCAUGAACUAUUAUAUUUAAUAAAUGAAAAAUGAUUUUCCUACAAGCAAAUUAAUCUGAAAAAUUAGCCGAAUAUCAUCAUUAUCAUAAAACCUUUCUAAACCUCAAAUUUCCAGGUUCGACGCUGACAACGUGAUUGACAAAAUCAUCGCGGAAUGUCGAUUAUCCGAAGAAGGCACCACAACACCCGACUAUCAUGGUUUAUCCCUUGAAAAAUUCCUCGACAAAAACGGCAAGCCACUAAUUGGCAAACAAAUAAUAAAACGAUCUUCGGAUCAAUUCAAAGAAGACUAA